UCCCGAGCAAAAAUUGUGUGAGAGAUAGAACACCAAAGCUCUAUAAAUUACUAUUUCCCAUUCUUUAAAUUCAAGUGUCAACAAUCCAGAGAAGCAGAUCCACAAGGUUGCGUGAUCAACAUUUUUUCCCUCUUAAAUAUUUCUUAUCCACUAGAAAUUUUCCCAAGAAAGUCCAAGAAAAUUUUCAAUGAAAUUUCUAGUUGCAGUAACCCCUUCUCUAUAUAAAGCCUUCUCUCCUCACAAACCAUUCUCAUCACCACAAAUUCUCUCUUCAAUCUGCACCAAUAUGGCUGCUUGCGUUGACACACCAAGAACUGAACUUUCUCGCGAUCCAAACAGGUCUCGUUCUCAAUCCGACGAAUCAUACAACAAGUAUUUGAAAAACUAUUACCGACCCAGUUUUCCCGAUGACAUUUCACGCAUACCCAUUUCCAAGAAUCAAACAAAAAACCUCCACACGGGUCAAAUUCUCGAAGAAGAAGAUCAAGAACCAGAGGUUAAAGAAGAUCCAUGGCUGAAAAUGAAAGAAGAAGCAAAACUAGACGUUGAUCAAGAACCAAUUUUAUCAAGCUAUUAUUACUCGUCGAUUCUCUCACAGUCCUCACUCGAGAGAGCUUUAGCCAAUCAUCUGGCGGUAAAGCUAAGUAAUUCGAGCCUUCCUAGUACUACUCUGUUCGAUAUUUUCACUAGGGUUCUUGAAGAAAAUCAAGACAUAAUCGACUCUGUUAAGGCAGAUUUAAUCGCAGUUAAAGAACGGGAUCCCGCUUGUAUCAGUUAUGUCCACUGUUUCUUGAAUUUUAAAGGGUUUCAAUCUUGCCAAGCGCAUAGAAUUGCUCACAAAUUAUGGACUCAGGGGAGAAAAGUUCUAGCUAUUCUGAUACAGAACAGAGUAUCGGAGGCGUUCGCCGUUGAUAUUCAUCCCGGAGCUAAGAUUGGUCAGGGGAUAUUGCUGGAUCAUGCUACCGGAGUUGUGAUCGGAGAAACUGCUGUGAUCGGAGACAAUGUUUCGAUUCUGCAUAAUGUUACGCUAGGCGGGACUGGGAAGAGUUCGGGUGAUAGGCAUCCGAAGAUUGGAGACGGGGUUUUGAUUGGCGCGGGGACUUGUAUUCUGGGUAAUAUUAGGAUCGGUGACGGGGCGAAAAUCGGGGCGUGUUCGGUUGUGUUGAAGGAUGUUCCGGCGAGGACUACUGCGGUUGGGAAUCCGGCGAAAUUGCUGGGUGGGAAAACUAAUCCGGUGAAGCUUGAUAAGAUUCCGAGUUUUACUAUGGAUCAAACCUCACAUAUUCAUGAGUGGUCUGAUUAUGUCAUUUGAAUAAGGCUCUGUUUUAAUCUUUAGCUAGCGAUGCGGCGUCGUUUUGUUGCAGACUAUAGUAUAAUAUAGCGUCCAUUGCCUUUGCCCUAGUUUGUCGGCGGCUGGGGUUGAGUGCUUGUUUUGGGCUAUAAUUACAGUUUGAUUUGUAGUAGUUUUUUUGUUUUACUAUGUACUGCCUAAAUAGUUCAUCUAAUGAAUUAUGAAUCAUAAGUAUUGCAAAAUUUGCAUUACAAACAUAA